AAGCCCCGCCCCCAACCCUGCGCCUGCGCAGUCCAUCAGUUCGAGCACCGAUGUCAUGGAUCGGGGCUGACGCCAUGUAUUGAAUACAGCACGCAUCUGUCGUAGUUUCAGCGCCUCUGUAAUGGUUUUAUUAAAGUUCAGUUAGCCUCCAAAAUGACCGACUACGCGGAAGAGCAAAGAAAUGAGCUUGAAGCGAUAGAAUCCAUCUAUCCGGAUUCUUUUACAGUUCUCUCUGAAGACCCCACCAGUUUCACCAUCACUGUCACCUCAGACGCAGGAGAAAACGGUGAAAUUGUGGAAACAACAAUAAAGUUUACAUAUGUGGCCCAAUACCCAGACGAGCCCCCGCUGUGGGAGAUCCACUCCCAGGAGAACCUUGAGGACCAGGACACGGAGGAGAUCCUGUCCCUGCUGAAGCAGCAG